AUGGAACCAGAUGAACAACAUGAUCCUGGGCUGAAGUUAAAACAAGCUGAUAGUCUGCAUAGGAAUGAACAACUACAGGAAGAAAUAGAAAUAGUUAUUGUCAAUGCUGAUGGAUCCAAUGCGAGAUCUCAUCUUGAUGAAGAUGACAAUGAUAAUUAUUCUUCCGAAAAUGAAGCCAGAACUUCUGAAGAAGAAGAAGAAGAUGAUGAUGAAGAAGAUGAUGAUGAAAUCCCUGAUGAAUCCUUAGGUACUACUAUCAUUCGAGAAAUUCAAGAUGGUACAUAUAUUUGUCUUGUUUGUACUGGAGAAAUUGAUAAAGAUUCUAAAAUUUGGACUUGUGAAGAAUGUUUUAGAGUUUAUGAUUUGGAUUGUAUUCAAGAUUGGGCUAUUCGAGGAUCAUCAACUAAAAAUAAAACUUGGAGAUGUCCAAGUUGUAAUUCAUCAAUUAAGAAAAUCCCAAGAAAAUUCACCUGUUGGUGUGGCAAAAUCACUGAUCCGGAGAAAAAUCCUUUGAUGCCAUUUAGUUGUGGAAAUUCAUGUAAUUAUAAAUAUGAAGAUUGUAUUCAUAAUUGUUUAAAUGUUUGUCAUCCAGGUAAACAUCCGAUUUGUGGUGCUAUGGGUCCAAUGAUGAGAUGUAAAUGUGGUAAAGAAGAAAGACAAUUACCUUGUUUAAUUACUCCUUAUGAUGAUGGUUGGAGAUGUGAAGAUGAGUGUAAUAUCAAAAUUUGUGAUUUGAAUCAUAAAUGUCAAAAAGGUUGUCAUUCUGGUUUUUGUGGGUUAUGUAAUGAAGUGAUCACCAUGAAAUGUUAUUGUGGGGAUACUGAUUUGUCCAUAAAAUGUCAUGAGAAAGAGAUUAAACCAUGUGAAAACGAGAAAGGCGAGAAAUGGAUUGGUAUUGGAUCAUGUGGCAAAACCAAGAAGGUUUAUUAUGAUUGUAAUGAACAUUAUGAUUUGAAAGAAUGUCAACCUCCAUUAUCGACCAUUCCUAAAUGUAAAUUCUCCCCAGAUGUUAUAUCCACUUGUUAUUGUGGUAAAACUAAAGUUGAUUUACAAAAUCGUUCUAAAUGUACUGACCCGGUUCCAGAAUGUGAAAAUGUCUGCGGUAAGUUAUUACCAUGUGGAUGUCACUGUAAAUUCAAGUGUCAUGAAGGUGAAUGUUAUUGUAUUUCUGUAUUUGAAACCAAAUGUGCUUGUGGUCAUGAAUCAUACUUGGCUCCAUGUAAAUUCAUUCAAUCAGGAGUUCAACCAAAAUGUGAGCAUAAAUGUUCAGUUUUAUUGAAUUGUCGUAAACAUUAUCAUCGUGUUGAAUGUUGUCCAUAUGAAAAAGUUGGUCUUGCAAGAGAACGUGACCGUAAAAAGGCAAUUAGAAACAACACAAGAAAUAAUGUCAAUCAUGAUAUUAUGACUAUAGAAGCAGCACAUAUUUGUACUAGAACUUGUAACAGAGUAAAAGCGUGUGGUAAACACGAAUGCCAUGCAUUGUGUCAUAGUGGACCUUGUGAAGUCUGUUUGGAGUCAACAAAUGAUGAUUUGAUUUGUCACUGUGGUAAGACAAUUAUCCCUGCACCAGUUAGGUGUGGCACUACAUUAGUUUGUCAUGAACAAUGUGUUAGAGUACCACCAUGUGGACAUCGUGCAGAACCUCAUGAAUGUCAUGAUGAUACUGUCAGUUGUCCAAAAUGUACGGCUUUAGUCAGUCGUGAAUGUGACUGUGGAGCCAAACUGGAUCUUCCAGGUAUUUUAUGUUCACAAGAACGUGUUUCAUGUGGUAAGAUGUGUCAAAUUCCAAAGGAUUGUGGUCAUCCAUGUUUGAGAACUUGUUCUGCUGAAUGUACAAAACUUGACAAUCAUAUUAGCUCCAAAUUGUGUCAAUCUUACUGUAAGAAAAUCAGAACCAGUUGUCCUCAUUAUUGUAAAUUAAAAUGUCACUUCAAUAAAGUUGGAGUAAGUCCAAAUUGUGACGUUGUCAGCUGUUCUGAAGAUGUUAUGGUAUCAUGUGAAUGUGGAAGACUAACUAAGAAAAUCAAGUGUGGUGCUAAUGUUGAUACUCCAUCUAGCAUUGGGUCAGUCUUGGAAUGUGACGAAGAGUGUGCAAUUAUCAAAAGAGAUGCUGCAUUGCGUGCUGCAUUUAUGGGUACACCAGAACCUGAAACAGCUGAAGAUUCUAUUCCUUAUUCUGAAUUUGUGUUGACCACUUAUGAGAAACAAAAAACUUGGUGUUCUAAAGUUGAAUCAACUAUUAAGUCAUUUAUCGAGAAUUAUAAUACCCAGAUUGAGAAUGAUGUGAAAUUACCCAAAAGAUCAUAUCAUUUCCCAGCAAUGACUUCACCUCAACGUCACUAUAUCCAUGAGUUAGCAAAAGCAUAUAAUGCCUAUACGGAAUCACAGGAUAAGGAACCUAAUAGAUCGGUGUUUUUGGUAAUCACUAGAUUAACAAAAAUUCCUUCACUUUCAGUACAUGAUGCUGUGGAAAUGUUGCAUGAAUUAGAAAAGGAAAAACUAAAGAUUGAUGAAAUGAAACAAGAAGAUAUCAAUGAGGCUUUGUUUAAUUCUAUUGUCAUUCAAGAUUUAUUCUUUGGUAUCAUUAAAGAUGAUUUAGAGCGUGAAUUAAAACCAUUUUACGAAGGACAGGAUUAUAUAUUUGAAUGGAUUAAGGAUUCAACAUUUAUCUUUUAUUCACCAGAGAAUUAUAAAUCUAUGGAUAUUGAAAAAGAAAAUAAAUUAUACAUGUUGGUUAAAACAUUCAAAAAAAUUGUUAGAGAAAAGUCAUUAGCAUUUGAUUGUAAAUUAUGUCUUGUUGAUGAUAGUGUUUCUUAUAUUUUGAAAAUCGAUGGUGCUUCCAGAGAAGCCAGUGCUCCUGCUGAAUCAGAUCAAAAAUCCAAUCAAAGCAAGAAUUCAUUUGAUAUUUUACAAAAUGAUGAAUUGGUUAAUGUAUAG